AUGAGACCCAUUACGCUCCUUUCCCUUGCUUCUUUCGCCUAUGCGGAGAACCUUAUUCCCACCACUUGCUUCGACUCCUACACUUCCCUCGAAGAGUACUUCUCCUACCUGUACCCAUGGGGUAGCGACCACAACGGCUCAGCCCGCAUGGUCGGCAACUCCACCGACCACGAUUACAUCUCCGUCGAGUCCGGCACACUGACGCUCGUCGCAAAGCCGACCACGGGCCAGCCGGCAACUAGUGGAGGCCAGGAAAUUAACUAUCUCUCUGGCGCAGUGCAUUCCAAGAACACGUUUACUGUUGAAGCGGGCUCUGGUUUCGACAUCGAGGCUGAGUUCCAGGCGACCACUGAUAAGGGAACGUGGCCCGCUUUCUGGUUGAACAGCGCGGAGAGCUGGCCGCCCGAGAUUGACAUGGCCGAGUGGAAGGGAACGGGGCAAAUUACCUUCAAUGUCUUCAAUACCUCUUCCGAAGUCAUGAACCACAACACAGACUACCCGUCUCCGAGUGACUUCCACAAGGUCAAGACCCAGAUCCGUGCCGAGAACGACGCCGAUAUCAUGGUUAAGUACUUCCUCGAUGAUGUGGAGGUAACGACUCAAUACGGGGCCGACUAUGUUGGGAAGCCUUUGUAUCUGAUUAUCAAUUUGCAGAUGGAGGGAUCAUCCGGAUCCCCUGGUCCUAGCACGGACACCUAUUACCGCGUGAAGAACCUAUCUUUCGAUCAGAUUUAG